ACAGGUGUGAGCCACUGCACCUGGCCAUGAUACAAGUUUUAAGAUAUUAUAUUAAUGUAGAAUUGAUGCAGAAAAUCUGUGAUGAACAAAAUGUCAAAAUUUUAAGUAAAGACAGGAGCUAACAGGUCUAGGAUUAGGGUGGGGCAAGUAAGAAAAGUCAUACAGGGGCAGAACUGGAUUCUGUCUUUAAGAUUUUGUUUAUCAUGAAUUUUUUUGCAUUAAUUUUGAUUUUUCUAAAAUGUUGCAUUACAAUAUUAUUUAUCUUGAUUAUUGAGAUUUUGGUGCCCCUUGUAUUUGCUAGCAAGGUGAGUGUCUCAUUGUUGCAACCUAGGUGUGGCCCUGCUUUCUCAGAGCAUGGUGGCUGGGUUCCAAAGGUGACCGCCCGGAGAGAGAGCACCAGGUGGAAGUGGUAUAUAUUGUCUGUUUUUGUAUUACCUUGUAUGACCUAGCAUCAAAAGUCACACAACCUGGCUUUCACCACAUUCUAUUUGUUAGAAGUGAGUCACUAAUGCGAGCCCAUUUUCAAAGGGAGGGAAAUUUGAUUCCUCUUGAUGGGAGAAAUGGCAAAGAAUUUUCGGUUAUGUUUCAAAUCCACCACACACACAUUUGCCUUCUCUGUGGUGCUCUUCCACAUGCACUAAUCUUGUCCUUACUUAUAGCUUCUGCCUCUACUUACCUUCGACUCUACUUCCUUCCUGGUGCUGUUUAGUACACUCUAGGAGUGGUCGUUGUGGGAGGCCUACAACCACAAUGAAGCCAGGUUAUAGAGAAACAAAAGUGACUUCGAGAAAGGUCCUGAGUCACCAUGUCAUCACGUCACUUUCCUAACUCAAACAUCUUCAAUGCUUUGCUAUUUCCUGGCUUAUCAAAUUGAAGCUCCUAUGACUGGUUUUAAGUUCUGACCCCUUCCUUUCCAAGGCAACAUGGUUUUUUUGUUGUUGUUGUGUUAUUGUUGUUGUUUUUUUAAACUUUGCUAGUGGACACUUGUGUGUCGGUUAUUAAACCCUUGUCUCCCAUCUCCACAGCCGCCCUUGUGUGCCUGGCACCAUGAUGCCAGAGCCGAGACCCCACAACCCGGGUUUCAGCUUUGCCAGCUGCCCCCUGUUAGGGGGCGCUAGAGGAAGACCGGAUGCCUGGAUAACAAAGAAAGGAUUGCUCCUUCCUGUUUGUUUAUGGAACUUUCUGGGGGCUUCCUGUUGAUUUGCAUUUUCUAUGAGGGGGCCACCAACACUUCACCCAGCAGAGGGGGUGCCUUUCUGCAGCAGCUGAGUCCAAUUUGCAGUGUUAUCAACACUUGGAGAGCCAGCUUCAUUUCGCCCCUGAGAGCCAUCAGACCAGCUGGACAGCUGCUCUUCCUCAGCACGACCAUGGAUCUGUUUGGAGACAUAGAUGACAUUUCUUCAGAGAGUGACGAGGACAAUCUACUACCUACCCCAGGAGAACCUGUUGAUGACUGUGGAGUGCCCCAUGACCAGCAGGAGGAAGAGCCCAUUUCUGAAACCACAAUGGAAAUAGAAAUUCCCAGUAUCAAUUCUGAUUUAGGAAAUGAAUUGUAUUUUGUUAAACUACCCAAGUUUCUCAGCAUAGAACCCAAACCUUUUGAUCCUCAGUUUUAUGAAGAUGAAUUUGAAGAUGAGAAAGUGCUGGAUGAGGAAGACAGAACCAGAUUGAAAUUAAAGGUAGAAAAUACUAUACGGUGGAGGGUUCGCCGGGAUGAGGAAGGAAAUAAAAUUAAAGAAAGCAAUGCUCGGAUAGUCAAGUGGUCAGACGGAAGCAUGUCCCUGCACUUAGGCAAUGAAGUGUUUGAUGUCUACAGAGCCCCACUGCAGGGCAAUCACGACCACUUGUUUGUAAGAGAAGACACUGGUCUACAGGGACAAGCUGUCUUUAAAUCCAAACUUACCUUUAGACCUCACUCUACCGACAGUGCUACCCACAGAAAGAUGACCCUGCCACUUGCUAAGAGAAGUUCAAAGACACAGAAAAUUAGGAUCUUACCAAUGGCUAGUUGCGAUCCUGAAUGCCCUCGCGCAGACAUGGUGAAGGUACAUUUGCUAAACUUUAUCCUGGCAUAUUUUGGGUAUUCAGGCCUGUGUUUUCCAGAAUAUUCAUUUACCAUUUCUUAUUGCGAUCCCGAAUGCCCUCGCGCAGACAUGGUGAAGAAAGAAGAGCGCUGGAGGGCUUCCACCCACCCGGAGUCUCAGACAAGCCACCUUCUGGAGAAGCAGAACCAGCAGGGGCUGAGCGCCCCCUACCAGGACCCUGGCAGUGACGAUGAGGAGGAGGAAGGCGAGGACACCUUCAGCCUGGCCGACAUCAAAAACUAUUACCAAGGGGAACCCCCAGAGGAACGAGCCAGAAUCUCUUCCUCAGACAGUGAUGAGGGAGCAGAAGAAGAUAAGGCUCAAAGAUUACUCAAAGCAAAGCAGCUCACCAGUGACGAGGAGGAGAAUCUUCCCGAAAGAGGAAAGCAGGGGGUGAAGAGGAAGAAGACGAUAUAAGCCCCUAAAAUGUGCACUCGUUGUAUAUAGUAUUCAACAGUUUUAAAACAAUGAUGAAAUGACUUGUUUUGAUGGAAAUGAAUUACUUCUGCAUAAUCCUAGUUGUGAAUAAAAAGUUUUCAAAAGCAA